GGAAAUGUGAAAGAAUCGUUCUUUCCGUAUUUCGUAGGUUUUUAUUAACAUUAACAUGCACUUAUAUAAAUUAAACUAAUAAGUAUUAUUUUUCAAAUAAUAUGUUAUUACUUGCUGUAACGCAAAGAUAUUUACGAUAUGGCUGAUCAAACUCAUUUUUGAGACCUGAUGAACACUUUAAGAGUUGCAUUGAGAACACUACCUUCAGACAAGUUCAUCAGUGGUAAACAUAGCAGCAAAGUUUUAUACCAGAUAGUUACCAAAAUUGUUUACCGAAGAACAUCCCAAUGUAAAGAGUAUUGCACAAUGGAGGGCAAGCCAUUAUGUUCACGAAUCAACGUAAUCACCGGUGAAGCAGAAUGGGUGAUUGAAAACGAGGUUUACGAUUAUCACCAGGAAAUAGCAAGAUCAGGGUACACAGAUAUGCUACAUGAUCAUGAAAGGAACAAGAAAUAUUAUGAAGGAAUAAGGCUUGCUAUUCAGGCCGUCCAUGCAAGGGGAGAGAAAGCCCAUGUGCUGGACAUUGGCGCCGGUACUGGUCUCCUGUCUAUGAUGGCUGCAACGGCCGGAGCCGACACUGUCCAUGCAUGUGAGGCAUUUCCACCUAUCGCUGAAGGUGCUAGAAAAAUUGUCGCACAAAAUGGCUUUGCUGAGAAAAUCAAAGUAAUUGGAAAGCGUUCAACAGAAUUGACUGUAGGCCCAGAUGGGGAUCUUCCUCGCAGGGCAAACAUCCUUGCCACAGAGGUUUUUGACACCGAGUUGAUAGGGGAAGGUGCCGUACCAACCUUCCACCAUGCCCAUAAGCAUCUUUUAACUGAAGAUUGUAUAUCUGUUCCUCACUCAGCCACUGUUUAUGUCCAAGUCAUCCAGUCUGAAUUCAUCUGGAAAUGGCAUAAGAUCCUGCCAAUCAAAGUUGCCGGAUGCGGUGACAUCAUUCCAAUAAAGGAGAUCGAUUCUUGUGCUGGUGCUGCCUCUGUGCAUGAUGUCCAAUUGAGUCAAAUACGAGCGGACCAGUUUCAACCAAUCACAGAUGUAGUUAGCAUGAUUGAUUUUAAUUUUAGCACUGGGGAUUUUGAAGCUAGGAGAACUAAAUUACAUGAGGUGAAAGCACUUACGAACGGUUUUUGCCAUGCUGUGUUUAUGUGGUGGUCUCUUGAGAUGGACACUGCAGGUGAUAUUAUCUUAAGCACAGCACCAACAUGGGCACAUCCUGACGGAGAUGCAGCACCCUGGAGAGAUCACUGGAUGCAAUCUAUUUACUACCUUCCCUCUCCUUUAGCCAUUAAACAAGGGGAGAAUCUAGCUAUUAGACUCUCACAUGAUGACUACAGUCUUUGGUUUAGUGUCCAAUCAACUAAUGAUAACCAAAAUGUGAAUCACCCAAGUGAUGAUGAUGAGAGACCAAUUUGCACAUGUGGAGCACAUGUCCUGCUCAGUCGCUCCAGAAUUCGCAAACUCAACGAUCAGACAACAACAGAUAAAUUUGUAGCAGCUCUCAAGAAGGUUUUGAAGCAAGAUAGCAUUUGUUCAGUCAUCAGUGACGGCUCCCAUCUACCACUCAUCGCAGCAAGACUUGGUGCUAAAAAGGCUUUAACUUUCACCCAGAACAGCUUUAUGCGAAGACAACCUUUGUUAGAGAUAGCUAAGCACAACAAACUAAGCCAAGUGAAGGUGAUUGAGAAAAGUCCUGCAACAAUUCAAGGCUUGGAUAUAGGAGAUAAAAAGAUUGAUGUUGUGAUGGGUGAGCCUUUCUUUUCCAGCUCACUUCAGCCGUGGCACGAUCUUCACUUCUGGUAUGCCAAGGAGUCCCUCAGCCAUCUCCUUGCAUCUGACUGCACUGUCCUGCCUCGUGCUGGAACGCUUAAAGCAAUGGCAUUGCAAUUUGAUCACCUCUGGAAGUUCCAUGCCCCAGUCAUAGAAAAAGAAGGAUUUAAUCUUGCAGAGUUCGAUGUAAUUGUUCAGAGAUCUUCAAAGCUUGCUGAUGAGCGAAUGGAUCCUCACCAUCUUUGGGAGUACCCAUCGAGGGCGCUCUCUGAGCCCUUUAGUUUAAUGGAAUUUGAUUUCAACAGCAGCAUUCCAAAAGAGAGUAUUGAAAAGAGAGGCUGCAUUCAAUUCAUCAGAGAGGGGGUAUGCCAUGGUAUUGCUGUGUGGAUGGACUUCGACCUUGGUGAUUAUAUCACAGUCUCAACCGGCUUACUGAACCUGAAGCCUAAUGGUGAACCCAGUUGGGACAUGAACACAAAGCAAGGAAUCUACUUCAUGCCAGAGAAUAUUAACACAGUCGGGAGUGAUGGAUUGCGGAAGUUGCAUCAUCACGUCCACUUCCAUCCACAUCACGCGACGUUCCAGUGGACAUUUGAGCUGAAGUAGGCACUGCAGAUUUUAGAGUUUUUCAACUUGAAUAUUAAACACGAACCUCGAAUCAGUAAAUAUGACAUACUAAAAUAUGUAAAAAAAAUUUAUUGUUUAUUUACUUUAUUGUUUUAAUGUGUCAUUACAAUCUCUGUAAUAAUAAGAGAUAAUUAUUUGUAUCAUUAUUAUAUUAUAAUAAUAUAAAAAAUCAUCCUUUUUAAUCUGUGUAUUAAAAUCAUUUUUUUAGACUUUAAAUGCUUAUAGAAUACAACUAAAAAUGCUACAACAGGAAUGUAUGUAAUUAAAUCCCUAUUAGGGAAUAUUUACUAAAUGCUUCUUAGGGAAUGCAUAAAACAUGUUGCAAAUACUUCCUUAGGAAAUGAAUAUACAUUAUCAUUAAAUAUAUUUUUCCUCUUAGAGAAUGUAAUUCACCCGAAAGAGUGUGUUUCUAAUUGCUGCUUCCAUUUAGGAGUGUACACCACUAACUACAAAAUAAAUAUUAACAAUUUGCAUUCAUUUAUAUUUAAUUAUACUUUUUCCAGUAGAAAUUGCGUAAUUUACCAACAAAAAGAAUGGUCAUGUGAUAAACCAGUCAAUGGAGAAACUAUCCAUUGUCCCUCCUCUACCUAAAUUUGUCAUGCCUUACCUUUAACAGCAAGGGUCUCUUAGAAAUUGGGAUUUGGAGAGAAUCGCCUAAAUUUUAAGAAACAAUAUGUCUAUAUUAAAUUUUUUUUGACGAACAUUU